AUGAAUUCCAACAAUAAUUAUAACAAUGACAGUUCGAGUGAAGAUGAUCUAUAAGUGUAUGAGACACUCACCAAAAUAGCCCCAGCUAAUGAAUUAUUGCCUCGUAAAUUAACCAUUGAUAUUGAUGUAAAAUCAUUAUAUCCUCUCAAGUAAUUAAUUAUUUGAACUUUUAAGACCACUCCCCCAAUUUUGUAAGACUUACACAACAUUUUUUGAAGAAUCCUCAUAACGUGAAUGUUUGAUUCCUGACAUUUAAGUAUCUGAUGAGAAUAGGACACUCCUUGAUUAUUACGAAGAAAAUAAGCAAAAUCUAGUAUACAAACGAUUCGAUCAGUUGGAUUUAGGCAAAAGGACUUCAAAUGACCGAACAUAUUUUGCAAGUCUCUUAGCCAAUUUUAAGAGGUAUGGACGAUUCUAAAUGAAGAACAUAACCAAGAGUCUUCUUCAGAGGAGAAGCACUUUUUGAUUAAAAAUUAACACCCUGUUCUUCAGAGUAAAUAUAAUUUGAUUCCAAUUUUGAAUCAGGCAAUCUAUUUUGUGCAUUCAAAAAAGCAGAAAAUAUUUAUGAUCUCGUAAUUCAAAAUGAUAUUAAUACAAGAGGCAAUACAUAAUGGUUCUUUUUUAGCGUAACAGGAGCCUAAGCUGGUUAAACAAUUUAAUUUAACAUCCUCAAUCAUGUAUUUUUUAUCAGUAAUUAAUUAUUAGCUUAAAACAGGUAGUCUUUUUAAUGAAGGCUUAUAACCAGCUGUCUAUUCUGUAAAAGAGAAUUAAUUAGUAGGCACUGAAUGGUGUAGAGAUGGAUUUAACAUAAGCUAUUUCAAAAGUAUAUUUAUGAAAGAAUAUCCUCUGUCAUUGAAGAAGAAAUAUUAUCAAUUAAGAUUUCAUUAUACAUUUAAGCAUGAAGGAGACAAAGUUUAUUUUGCUCAUUCUUACCCUUACACUUAUACAAAUCUGUUGGAAUUUUUGAAUACCUAAUUGGAAGAUCAAGAAAGAAAUUAGUAAUAUUAUAAUUGAAUUUUUUAGAUACUUAUCUCGAAAAGUAUUGUGUACAACUCUUGGUGGAAAUACUUGUGAAGUCCUUACUAUCACUUCGAAUUCGUUGUAGAAGAGGGCUUUUCGAAAAGGAGUAGUGUUUUUAGCUAGAUAACAUCCUGGAGAACCUCAAGGAUCCUAUGUUAUGUAAGGCAUAAUAGAAUUUCUAACAUCUAAUAAUCCUUAAGCAGAGUAUUUGAGGUAGAAUUGCAUUUUCAAAAUAUUCCCAAUGAUGAAUUCUGAUGGUGUAGUUAAUGGAAAUUAUAGAUGUGGUCUUGAAGGGAGUGACUUAAAUAGAAGAUGGAAAAAGCCAAACAAAUAUUUACAUCCCAGUGUUUAUUAUGCAAAAAAAUAUGUAAAAGGAUUUAGUAAGGAAAGACAAAUAUUACUGGUAGUUGAUUUGCAUGGUCAUUCAAGAAAGUAAUGAGGAUUUAUAUUUUAGACAAUCAUCAUUUGUAUAUGGUUGUGCUUAUUCAUCUUAAGUUAAGACUAUUGAAAGAGUAUUUGCACUUUUGAUGUCAAAAGUAAAUCCUUUUAUGGAUUAUUCCUCUUGUACAUUCAGAGUUGAGAGUGCAAAAGAUAAAACAGCUAGGAUUCAACUCUGGAGAGAACUCAAAAUUAAUUGGGUUUAUACCUAUGAAUGUAGUUUCUAUGGUCAAUAAAAAAAGCAUUAUUAAAUAAAGGAUUAUUUGAAUUGUGGUGUGAGUAUAUGCAAUGCCUUAUCCUAAAUAGUUAAAGAUACUACAAAAGAAUUUACUAACUAAGCUAAUUAACCAGAUAUUUAGUAAUAAAUGUUGGAAGAAUUAGGCAAAAUGCCUCAAACUGAUGAUUAGGAUAUAGGAUCAGAUUCAAGUUAAUCUGAGGCAGAAUUAUCAGAUGAUGAAUUGGUUUAAUUAUUUUAACCAAAGACAUAUUCAAUUAAAUAGAAAAAUUUAUCAAAAUAACAAGAAACAAAUAAUAAAAAAAAAAUAUAAUAACCCAAUGGUAAUUAAAAAUCAACAAUAGCUUCUUAAAAAGCUUCGAUAUUGUAGGAAUCACCUACUAAGAAUUAAGAAUAAAGACCACCUAUGAGUAGCUAAAAGCCAAAGAAUCCAUUAUAUAGAAUUCAAGCUCCUUAGAGAAAUAGAUAAUUAGAUUAAGUGAAAUAAGUAGAGCCUCCUCUAAUGGUUGACAAAUCGGUUUAGACAGAUGAUUGGAUAUAUCGUUAAUGGCUGAUUUAGAUGGGAAAGCUAAAAAAAUAGCAAGAGUUUCAGAGUAUUACACCAACUCGAAAUAUUUACAAGUCAUCAUCUCAAUCAGUGACUAGAUUUAUUGUUAAGAAUUCCACAUUGAAGAACGACCGAGGCCGAGUUGAUUCCAUAUCCCUCAUGGCAUCUGGUUUGCAAAAUAAAUUAAGUAAUAUGUAAUUAACAAAUAAGUUUCUUCUAGCCAAUAGCGCUAAAUGAUGAGAUACUCUGGUAGUAAUUUUAUGUCUUGA